AUGGUGGUCCACGUUUUUGGUAAGGCUAUCAAGCACAACCAGCUCGUCCAUAUUGGCCUUCAGGCAAAGAUUUUCGGCGUGGGUCCACAGGUGGCACAGAAGAUCUGUGCUAAGGUUGGACUUUAUCCACAGAUGAGAAUGAACGAACUUGAUGAAGCACAGAUCAUGUCGAUUAAUAAAGAGCUCUCAGAGAUGCAGGUGGAGCACCAGUUGAAGCAGAAGAUCAGAAACGAUAUUGCGUUGAAGCAGAAGACGGGCUCGUAUGUUGGUCAGAGACAUGCUGCUAGUCUUCCGGUGAGAGGCCAGGGCACGAGAAGUAACGGACGUACUGCCAGAAGACUUAACAAGUGGCGUACGGAAUAG